AUAAAAUAAAAAAGAGACGGAGAAAACCCCAUCGCGACUCAUUCUCCUUCUCUCUCUCUCUCUGUCUCUCUCUUUGUGAAGUCCGAUUAGUUGACGGACGCAUUAGAGGAAUUCACCAUUUCCUUUCGCCGAAACUCAUCCGCGAGCUCAACCGAUGGACAAUUGAUCUCCUCCGACUGCCCAACUUCUUUGGGUUGAUCGACGUCGAGUUACUCCGGUGCCAUGGCAGAAGCUCCGAAGGACGAGCUGCUUCAGUUGAUCAAGCGCUUCGGUGCCUAUCUCACCGUCAAGUUCUCGAACCUCUUCUCGAGCCCCUUCAGCAAUCUGAAUUCUCGAUCUGUGGGUGCUAUUGCUGGUUUUGCUGUUGCAAUCAUCUUUACUUGGAGACUGCUAAGAUCGCCUAGUGGAUCCCAAAGGAGGAUACAGAAGCGGCAAGCUCCUGCAUCGAGCAGCUCUGUUGUAGAUGCUCAGACAGCUGCAGCAGUGACUCCUUCUGGAGUUUCUUCUACUUCGUUGGAGGAUUUAAGAGCACAGAAUGUCAUUGAUGAGUUUUUUCAGCCUGUGAAGCCAACUCUCGGGCAGAUAGUGAGGCAAAAGUUGAGCGAAGGCAGAAAGGUAACAUGCCGUUUGCUAGGAGUAAUUCUCGAGGAAAAUACUCCAGAGGAACUUAAGAAACAAGCAACUGUGAGAUCAUCUGUUCUGGAAGUGCUGCUGGAGAUUACUAAAUUUUGUGAUCUUUAUCUAAUGGAACGAGUAUUGGAUGACGAGAGUGAGAAAAAGGUUCUUUUGGCUCUAGAAGAAGCUGGUGUUUUUACAUCCGGAGGUUUGGUGAAGGACAAGGUUCUCUUUUGUAGUAUGGAGAAUGGACGAUCAUCAUUCGUUCGGCAGCUAGAACCCGAUUGGCACAUUGAUACAAACCCUGAAAUCAUUUCUCAAUUAGCUAGAUUCAUCAAGUAUGAACUUCACGUAUCUUCGAGCAGGCCAGAAAGGAGCUCUCCGAAUGUCUUUAGUUCACCGUCCUUGGAGCAGUUUUUCGGGUGCAUGUGACUGAUUCAACCAAAGGCAGCGGAAACUACAAAAGUUAGUGUAAAUCUAUUUAGCUAGUGCUCAUCAGGGCUUGAAGUUUUUCUGAUGCUCAACACUUGGGUUCAAUGGAUUACUCUCGAGGAUGUUUCAUUUUCCUAUUUGUGGAAUGACGGUAUUUCGUGACAUGUUGGAAUAUUUGUACUGUUCUUGUUGUAUUAAUUUGCUAGACAAAUUUUGGAGUUGUUAUGCUAUAACACCAUAUCAUUUCAAGCUA